UAGCCCAGGCUGGCCUCGAACUCACAGAGAUCUGCCUGCCUCUGCCUCCCAAAUUUGGGGAUUAAAAGCAUGUGCCACCUCUGCCCGGCUAGCACUCUGUUCAUGUGGUCUGGUAGUGGGUCGAGCAGGUGAAAGACCUGGCUGUCCGUGCAGACAGAGAGCUUGCUUGGGUGGCAAAUGGUGCUGUAUGCCUUUAAUCCCAGCAGUGGAGACAGAGGAAGUGAAUCUACAUAGGGAGUUCUAGGCCAGCUAGCUACAGAGUGAGACCCCAGAUCUUUUAAAAGGAAGGAAUGAAGGAAAGAAGAAAGAAAGAGAGGGGUAUGCUUGUUUACGAUCUGUGGCAAAGCUGGGGGAUGGAGGGGGGUCUCUCUGUGGGUGAGAAACAUUAAGAAAUAAUCAAUAAAUGAAGACCUUGUCUUUAUCUUUUCAUUUAGUGGAAUAGAAGAUGAACUCAACUGAAUUCAGUGAAGAUGUAGAAGAAGUUGUGAAAAAUAACACUGUGAAGGUGGAGGGUGACGAUGCCGCCGCGCUGGACUGCUCCCGGAACCCCAGGUCCUCUGAGAAGCAACCCCUGGACAGCGUCCUCACUGCCCUCCAGGAGUCCAGCAAGCGGAAGCAGCUGGGCAGCGACGGCCAAGCAGACUCCGUCCCCAGUGUGAAGAGGAGACGGCUGAUACCAGAGGCACUCCUGGCAGGCAUGCGCAACCGUGAGAACAGCUCCCCCUGCCAGGGAAAUGGAGAGUCAGCGAGCAGGGGCAGGAGUGGGAGCUGUGUGUGGCCUGCGGAGGACGAGCCUUCCAAUGAGGCCACAACUCCUUCCUACAAGAAGCCUCUGUAUGGCAUCUCCCACAAGAUCAUGGAGAAGAAGAACCCUCCCUCCGGAGACCUGCUCAGCCCCUAUGAGCUCUUUGAGAAGGCGAACUCCAGUAACAGCCCCUCUCCUCUGCGCCUGCUGAAUGAAUCUCAGAAACGGGAAUGUGGUGCUGGGGUGGCCACUGAUGGGGACCCUAAUAUCUACUUCCUGAUCCAGAAGAUGUUCUACAUGCUCAACACGCUCACCUCUAACAUGUCCCAGCUUCACAGCAAGGUGGACCUGCUCUCCCUCGAGGUGAGCCGCAUCAAGAAGCAGGUGAGCCCUUCUGAGCUGGUGGCUAAGUUCCAGCCUCCCCCUGAGUACCAGCUCACCAGUGCUGAGCUGAAGCAGAUAGCAGAGCAAAGCCUGUCCUGCGGGGACCUGGCCUGCCGCCUGCUGGUGCAGCUUUUCCCGGAGCUCUUUGGAGAGGUAGAUUUCUCCCGCAGCUGCAGUGCCUGCGGCUUUGCCGCCAAGCGGAAGCUAGAGUCGCUGCACCUCCAGCUCAUCCGCAACUACGUGGAGGUCUACUACCCCUCUGUGAAGGACACAGCUGUGUGGCAGGCUGAGUGCUUGCCACAGCUGAAUGACUUCUUCAGCCGCUUCUGGGCCCAGCGAGAAAUGGAGGAUAGCCAGCCAGGCAGCCAGGUCACCAACUUCUUUGAAGCAGACCAAGUGGAUGCCGGCCACUUUCUAGACAACAAGGACCAAGAAGAAGCUCUGUCUCUGGACCGCAGCAGCACCAUCGCCUCGGACCAUGUGGUAGACACACAGGACCUCACUGAGUUCCUAGAUGAAGCCUCCUCCCCAGGUGAGUUUGCUGUGUUCCUCCUGCACCGGCUCUUCCCAGAGCUGUUUGACCACCGCAGGCUGGGUGAACAGCACAGCUGCUACGGCGACGGUGGCAAGCAAGAGCUGGAUCCCCAAAGGCUGCAGAUCAUCCGCAACUACACAGAGAUCUACUUCCCGGAUAUGCAGGAGGAGGAGGCCUGGCUGCAGCAGUGUGCCCAGCGCAUCAAUGAUGAGCUGGAGGGCCUGGGGCUGGAGGGGGGCAGCGAAGGGGAUGCCCCACGGGACGACUGCUACGACUCCUCCAGCCUGCCAGAUGACAUCUCGGUGGUCAAGGUAGAGGACAACUUCGAGGGCGAGCGGCCUGGCCGGCGCUCCAAGAAGAUCUGGCUGGUGCCCAUUGACUUUGACAAGUUGGAGAUCCCACAGCCAGACUUCGAGAUGCCAGGCUCAGAUUGCCUGCUGAGCAAGGAGCAGCUGCGUAGCAUCUAUGAGAGCAGCCUGUCCAUUGGCAACUUUGCCUCCCGCCUGCUAGUGCACCUGUUCCCGGAGCUCUUCACCCACGAGAACCUGCGCAAGCAGUACAACUGCAGCGGCUCCCUGGGCAAGAAGCAGCUGGACCCAGCCCGCAUCAGGCUGAUCCGCCACUACGUGCAGCUGCUCUACCCUCGGGCCAAGAACGACCGGGUGUGGACUCUGGAGUUUGUGGGCAAGCUGGAUGAGCGCUGUCGGCGCAGGGACACGGAGCAGAGGCGCUCUUACCAGCAGCAGCGCAAGGUCCACAUGCCUGGCCCUGAGUGCCGGGACCUAGCAAGUUAUGCAAUCAACCCCGAGAGGUUCCGAGAGGAGUUUGAGGGGCCCCCGCUGCCUCCUGAAAGGAGCAGCAAAGACUUUUGCAAAAUCCCCUUGGACGAGUUGGUGGUCCCCUCGCCCGACUUUCCGGUGCCUUCUCCCUACCUGCUGUCGGACAAGGAGGUUCGUGAGAUCGUCCAGCAGAGCCUGUCGGUGGGCAACUUUGCUGCUCGACUCCUGGUCAGGCUCUUCCCAGAACUCUUCACAGCUGAGAACCUUCGCCUGCAGUACAACCACUCCGGGGCUUGCAAUAAGAAGCAGCUGGACCCCACACGCCUGAGACUCAUCCGCCAUUACGUGGAAGCUGUCUACCCGGUGGAGAAGAUGGAGGAGGUGUGGCAUUAUGAAUGUAUACCCAGCAUUGAUGAGCGGUGUCGCCGCCCCAACAGGAAAAAGUGCGACAUCCUCAAGAAAGCCAAGAAAGUGGAGAAGUGACAGGUCUGGGGAUGCCCAGGGACUUGGGUCACCACGGACUGAGCAAUGGGUGCCCUUGGGACUGAGCGUUUCUCCGGAGCUCGUGUAUGGUAUCCACAGACAGGCACCUUAUGUCAGUGGGGAGUGGUUUCCUACAUUUGCACACAACACCUAUCCAGCCACAAGAAAGAAGCCUUGAAUUUGGUCUCUUGUAUUCAUGACUUUGUUCUGUGUUCCCUGCUGGCACAGCUGGAGUUUGGGAGUAGCCAAGCUGUGAAAUGAGAGAAUUGAUAGAGUCCCUCCCAGACCCUCACAAUCCAAAAUACAAAUUUAGGCUAGCUGUGGUGACCCACACCUAGACAGAGGCCAUUGUGAGUUCAAGGCCAGUCUACGUAAUGAAUUCCAGACCAGCCCAGGGCUACAUAAUGAGACCCUGUCUCAAAAACACCAAAAUACAAAUUCAGCAAGCUUGUUUCUCUUCCCCCAUGUUUUACAUCCCCCCCCCCUUUUUUUUUUAAUUAAAAUGAAACCCUUUUAAAGAAAAUCUUUGGCUCUUUGGGAGCCAUUUUACUUAGGAAAAGAUAUCUUAAAAAAUAUUUGAGAUGAGAUACUGUACGAUUACUUAAAUUGCUGGGAUUUUUAAAGAUGAUUUUAGACUUAUGUUUUCUCUGUUUUUGUUUUUGUUUUUGUUUUUUUUUUUAAAGAAAUGCCAUAUUCCGGCAUUAUGUGUAACUAGCUUCAGGUGGCACGGUGACUGGUUUUACUAAUCCUGUGUUUCACAUCUGGUUUCAGAGAGUCCGAGGCCCCUCGGAUUCAGCAGGUGGAAUAUAAGUAGUGGGUAGCCCCUUGAUCCUGUAUGUGAGUUUCCCUACUGCUGUGGCCCAGCCUGUCUGCCACUGCCACUGGUGCUCACUGUGUAGACAAGAACACUGGAAGAUGAUAUGAAUGUAGAUAGACUGGAGGCACAGUUCACGUGUCUUCAGGUGAGCUGUGUCCUUCCACAGCCCCACUCCCUCUCCGCACACAGGUGCUAGAUCAGAGGGACAGACACAUUGGAAGGGACACAAUGUGUUAGGCACAGUUUUGUGUGAUUUAUGGGUGGGCUUCUUUUGGGUUCACCAAGAACUGUUUACUUUCCAUGUAUUUGUAGAGUCCCUAUCCCCAGACCUCAGUGUUAGCUCCUCCCAUGAGCAGCAUGGCCUUGGACCUCUACGAGCCUAGGCUCUUGUAGGUGUUGGAAGGACCCAGACCGUCUUAAGUGGAGCACCCAUGACCCUUCCCAGCCCCACUCAGACCUUUCCCCUCAAACCUUCUAGGAAGUUCUGCCGUCCUCUCCUGGCCCACCCCUAACAUGGAGGUGCACAUGUCUUCCACCCUUCUACACUGGGGCCAGAUGCCUAAGAAAGGCAGGAGACAGUGUUCCCCAAACUGAAUCCAUCUUACCAUUGACCUCGAGAAUUAAUUCAGUUGCCUGGGUGGUCAUAAGACCCUUGUGGACAUUACAAUGUGAUAACUUAAUGGCUUACUAUUUUGCUACCUUAAUAUGCAGAAAUGAUAGAAAUAAUCUAUGAAUUUUCUCAUACAGAUAAGAACUUUAGUUCUAGUAGACAAUAUAAUUUUGCAUGUACCCAAUGGGCAUUUAAAAAAAUAACAUAAUUUUGAAUACUAUAAAGCUUCUAUUCACUGUCAUUUUCAGAUUAUUUAUGCUGUAACUGUAAACCUAAAUUAUUGUUGUUGAGAAGUGCACAGGGACCUCAUGGCUCUCUGUCACAUGACCACACCUGCAAGCAUUUCUCCUUACUAGAAAGUGAGAUGGUGGCUCCGCAAACAAAUCAACCUUCUUUGUGCCCAGAAAGAAGGUAUGGGGGCAGCCAGAAGACUCCCUUUCCCCCUCACUUGGGCCUCUCUUAUGCCUUAGUCUCUCUCUCACACACACACACACACGCAUGCAUGCAUGCACACACCUACCCCAAAGAUGGCUGUGGUGUUCUCUCACUGCUUCUGCUAGCUUGAGAGAAUUCCAUGGGAUUUGUUCUGGUCUUGAGGAUGUAAUCGAGAGGAUUCCAAGCCAUGUGAAAGUUGUCCUGAGCUCUAGAGUGGGGUGUGGCCCUGCGACGUCAGAAGCACAAUCGGUUAGCAAGUUUUUAGAAGUCCUGUUUCCUCACAGCGGAGAAACGGCGAGUUCUAGGAAUUAAGCGUGACUUUGUGUAACCCAGAGCGUGUUAAUUCUGGGAAACUAUUUGGUUUCCUUAACACUUUAACUAUGUAGGGCUUCACCCCCCACCCCCCCCCCCCCCCAUCUCAUUGUCCCUUUCAGUGAAAAGAGGCAGACGCUCUGGGAGCUGUUUCCUACCCCUGGACUGUAUGGUAUCCUCACUUACCCAUCCAUACAGGUGGAUCCAGUGGGCAUUUUUUUUGUCAUGAAGCAAUAUAAAUAUUAAAUACUUAUUUUUUCAGAAUUUAA